AUGAGAUCAUUAUCCCUAAAGAGUUCAUUAGCCAUCUUCUUUGCAUGGCUUACAUUCUCUAAUUGCUUCCUUGAGGUUGUGAGCAAGCUUAACUACAAGGAUGCACUCUCGAAAUCGAUACUCUUUCUCGAAGCUCAACGGUCCGGCAAGCUCCCUAGGAACAAAAGGAUUCCUUGGAGGGGUGAUUCCGGCCUUACCGACGGAAAACUUAGUAAUGUGGACCUUGUUGGAGGAUACUAUGAUGCAGGGGACAAUGUGAAGUAUGGUUUACCAAUGGCAUUUACCAUUACUACCCUUGCAUGGGCAGCCAUUGCUUAUGAAUCAGAGAUGAAGCAGAUGGGUGAGUUAGGUAAUCUACAUUCAGCUAUAAAGUGGGGAACCGAUUAUUUUCUCAAAGCUAGUCACAAAAAGAACCGUCUUUGGGUUCAGGUAGGAGAUCCAGUGAAAGAUCAUGAGUGUUGGACAAGACCAGAGAACAUGAGAACACCAAGAACACUUUACUUGAUUGAUGAACAUGUUCCAGGAACAGAGAUUGCUGCUGAGACUGCUGCUGCCAUGGCUGCUUCCUCCAUUGUUUUCAGAAAAUACGAUCAUCUUUAUUCUCGUCGUCUUUUAAAUAAAGCAAAACUCCUGUUUGAGUUUGCAAAUAAGUACAAGAAAACAUAUGAUGGUGAAUGCCCAUUCUACUGUUCUUACUCAGGCUACAAUGAUGAGUUGUUGUGGGCAAGUACAUGGUUAUAUUUGGCAACUAAAAAAGGAAUGUAUAGGAGAUAUAUCAUUGAUGAAGCUGUUAGUGCUAGUGUUGCAGAGUUUAGUUGGGACCUUAAAUACCCUGGUGCCCAAAUUCUUCUUUCAGAGUUACACUUCUCUGGAUUCAAAGGAUUUGGAGAGUUCAAUAUACAUGCUGAUAAUUUCAUCUGUGCAGUCUUACCAGAGAGUCCAAAUCGCCAAGUUUUCUUCACCCCUGGAGGUUUGAUAAAUCUAAGAGAUGGAGCAAACACACAAUAUGUGACAAGCACAGCCUUCUUGUUCAGUGUUUACAGUGACAUUCUUAAGAAACAUAAAAAAUCUGUUCGUUGUGGAUCUCAAGUGGUCCACCCUGACCGCAUCAUGCACUUUGCUAAACAACAGAUGGAUUACUUACUAGGAAAUAAUCCUCAAAGAAGAUCAUACAUGGUAGGGUUUGGUAAGAAUUCUCCAAAACAAGCACACCACCGUGGUGCAUCAGUGCCGGUCCUCUCACCACAAACAGAAGUGAAUUGUGGUAUGAGUUUCAAUGAAUGGUUCAAUAAUGAUCGUCCAAACCCUAAUGAGCUCACCGGGGCCAUUGUCGGAGGCCCUGAUCGACAAGACAAGUUUAUCGAUAAGCGAUCGCAAUCUUCAAUGCUUGAACCUUGCACCUACAUCAACUCCCUCGCCGUCGGCGUCCUCGCAAAGCUUGCUGCCCAUAGCUCUUAA